AUGUCUGCCGCCACAUCCGUGGGGUCCGCGCCCUCUGUACCGCUUGUCCUGGCCCGACCAUCACCUGCCAAUAUCCCGCCGCUCAAGUCCCUUACGAUCCAACAGGUUCUGGAUGGCCUUUCCGCCGCCACGUUUACGACAGAGCAGCUCGUCCAGGCCCAUCUGAACCAGAUUGCUCGUUUCGACAGCGAACUGCACGCCGUGCUGCAGAUCAACCCCAAUGCACUCAACAUUGCGCGAGACCUCGACGCGGAACUGGCUGGCCUGGAUGGCCCAGCGCGCGAGAAAAAGAUGCGCCCUCUCCAUGGCGUCCCAUUGCUCGUCAAGGACAAUGUCGCCACUGCGGAGCCGGCACUCGAAGCCACAGCCGGGUCGCUGGCCCUCCUGGGAGCCAAGCCCGUGCGCGAAAACAGGGCCGUCACUCGUCUGCGCGAUGCGGGGUGCGUGCUGCUGGGCACGACCAACUGCUCUGAGUGGGCCAACUUCCGGUCUCGACCGUCGGACAGCGGCUGGAGUGCCCGCGGUGGGCAGACGUACGGCGCGUACCAUGCCAGACAGGAUCCCUCUGGGAGCAGCAGCGGCUCUGCCGUGGCCGUCGACAUGGGGUACUGCGUGCUAGCCGUGGGCACAGAGACGUCCGGCAGCAUUAUCAGCCCGGCCACGCAAAACAACAUUGUUGGCCUGAAGCCAACAACGGGUCUGGUGUCGCGCGACGCCGUCGUUCCUAUCUCGCCGCAGCAGGAUACGCUGGGCCCGAUGACGCGGACCUUGGCUGACGCAGCACUGAUGCUGGAUGUGAUGAUGGGCCGCGACGAGCAUGAUCCCAAGACGGCCGAGAUUCCCGAGGCACGGCUGCAGUCACCACUUCAUCCAAAACUUACUGCCGUUGAAGAAGACGCGCCACUCUCUCUCCGAAUCGGAAUUCCGCGUGAUGCACUCCAGGGCAUCAAGUCUGCGAUCCUCGAGGCGUUCGAAACCCGCGUGGUCGCUCCGUUGCGGGCCCGAGAGGGUGUCACAAUCGUCGACUGUACAAUGCCGGGCCUCCUCCGCUUCAAGAACUUGUCGCUCGUGGAGAAGACCAACUACAUGGCAGGCGAGUUUCAUGAUGCGCUGCCGGCAUACUUGGCCGCACUGACGGCCAACCCGCAUCAUAUUGAUGGCGUAAAGGCACUGUGCGCAUUCAUUAAGUCGACGCCGGAGGAGGAAUAUGGCGAGAAUGAGGAGACAGACGAAAAGAGAGACGACUCGGCAGGUGACACUACAGAAGAGGAGCCAGAAAAUAUCGUCGAGGAGGCUGUCCACGACGUCGGCCCUCCUCGCCGCAAUAUUGAGCGUCUUGAGCAGACCCAGGCCGUCACUCGCGACUCCGCGGCAUUUGAAGCUGCCAAGACCAAUGCGGCCUAUUUCGCUGGUCCGGGCGGCAUUCAGGGUGCACUGGAUGGCAUCAAAGGUGGGCCCGAUCGGCCCCAUGGUUUCAACACCCACGAACCUGUUGACAUUUUGCUGCUCCCUACCAACGCCAGUGCCGUCAACUAUUUUGCUGCUUGCGAGGGCCACCCGCAAAUUACCUUGCCACUCGGAUACCGCGACUCCCCGAAAGUUCAGCGCAAUGACACAGGGCGGCUCGUUGCGACGGGGCCCAAUGUACCUUACGGUGUUUCAGCGAUCGCCCGAAAGUACGAUGAGGCGUCCUUGAUGAGAGUGUGGCCGACCAGACCAGGCUGGGGCGCAUUGUCGGGGUUGGUGUUGGUGCCCGCGAAGCCCAGGGCCGUGUUCCAGGCAUCGGCCGUCGACUGGUCCUUGGUGCCCAGCGCCGAAAUCUGCGCCACGGCCGCCUUGGCCGCAUCCUUGGCCGCCUGGUUCGCGUUGCACACGUUGGUCAGCUGGUCCGAGAUGCGCUUCGUGAUGAUGUUGGGGUUCAGUGCCUCCUCCUGGCCCUUGUUGACGAGAGGAUCGAUGGCCUGGAAGGUGAACUCGGUGGCCUUGCGGCCGUCGAGACCAGCCUCGAACUUGAUUGUGGGCACGCACAGGCCGAAGUCGAGGCCGGCAAUGGUCGACUGCUGCACGCCGUUGACAACGGGACCAGCAGCGCCCGUGGACGAAGCAGCACCUGCGGCGCCGACGGAGGCAACCGAGGAAGCCGAGGCAGCAACGACGGACGUCACCAGGGUAGUGGCAGCGGCCGAGGCAGUGGCGGUCGAGGCCGCAGUGACCAACGCGGCGGUGACUGACACGGCAGCGGCGCCCGUCGAGCCAUCGACAGCCUGCGUCGAAAAGUUGGCGAAGCCAUUAGCGGCAACGACAUCGGCGACACUGAGACCGCCGGCGGCAAAGGGGUUGAGCAGCGACGAGGCUGAAUUGGCGUUCUCAAUGUCGCUGCCGACAACGGCCGGGUCGAUCAGCGGGACAAUGCCGCGCAGGACCUCGGUGACCGGGAGCGUCACGUCGGAGCACAGCGAAGGGAUCGACACGGCGAAAGGGUUGAAGUUCUUCUCGGCGGCCACGAGUGCGGCGGCGGCGGAAACCACAUCGGCCGUGCUGCCCAGGGUAGUGAUGAUGGUGUCGGCCAGGGUGAGCUUGGCGCAAGCGUUGGCACCCGCAAGCAACACGCCCGGCACCUGGCCUGAGAGCGUGCCGGCAUCACCGGGCUUGCCGCGGUUGGUAAGGGCGGCGAUGGCGGCGACAGGGCGCGAUUCCUCGCCGAAGCGGGCCUCGGCGGCAGCCACGAGGGCCGCCACAAACAAUGUCUGGUAG